CAAUUUAUUUUUGGCGAACUCCGUCAGCGCCUCACUGUCACAACCCUUGCGAGCUUCCAAUUCUAGUUCCAGUUCCACUGUCAACGUAGUAAGGGGCAGACAGGAACACCAACGCCACCCCCCCCUUGAAUCGGAUCUCAAUCAACAGCUGGCUUCUGGCACUCUUCCAUUCAUUCUGCCGCCGGACGCAGUACCUACCCAGUCUCUCGUUCCCAAUUUCCCUGAUACAGUCUGCAUUGAUUGCUUCUUUAUCCGGGUUUGAUCCAUGGUCGAGGCCACCUAACCGUUCCUUUAUCCUCGACGAGAACAACACACUGUUACCUUGAAAGCAUUUAACACCCUCAACCAUGUCGCAACCGCAAAAUGUCGCCUCGCCGGUAGCCCAACAUCACACCGAUACCGAGCCUGAAAAGCAAGAGCAGCAGCAGGAUACACACGAAAUGUCCGAGAAGCAAGACGGGCCAGAGGCACACGACGAAAAAGGAAUAACAACCACAACGAAGGACAAACAAGAAGAUUUAGGCAUGCACAAAAAAGACGAAGACAGCAUAGCAGAGAAAUAUGAGGAUAAGGCUGAAGACAAGCACGAAGACAAGCACAAAGAAAAACCAGAAGAGUCAAAUGACAAGCCUGAGGGAAAUCAACAACAGCAGCUGUCGCAAAACGACACCAAGGUCGAAAGACUCUCGUCUGGCACGGAGUCUGACGACACUAUGUCUGCAUCUGACGCUGAUGAUAAAUUCGAAGAUGCUGUAACGCAGUCCCCGGCAAGGUCCCUUACCAAACGAAAUAUUUCACAGGCUAAACGCCGUGACAGCGAAGUGGAGGAGCGAACCGAUCGGCGGUCUGAAGAGUUGCAUCCCCAAGAGGAUACUCUAGACACAAACGUCACUCAGCAUAAAGCCACUGGAUCCGAGGCAGGCAGCGUCAAAGGAAAGCAAUCACGACGCAAACCGUCAAUAACUUCCACACGAAUUUCCAAUACUUCAAAUCUGGACAACGUCAGUCUUGACGACGAUACGCCCCCAUCUCCAGUGCCAAAAGAUCUUCCACCGAAACCAAACAGCAAGACGAUAUCUCUGAACAGCAUCUCUCUUCCGUCUAUGCCGUGGUCGCCCGCCGCUGAUGCUUCCAAAAGCCCUGUGCCAUCAACAGCUACACUUGCGCCCACCCCACCAGUGCCUCAGCCUCCCCCACCACCCAGUCGAAAGCUGACAAGCCCUUUCUCUUGGCUUUCUCGAAGCUCCAGCAAAGAGAGAGAACCUCCGCUUCCACCCCCCCCUGCUGGCCGAAGGAACACAGCUGGUUCGAUUGCAACACUAUCAAGCAAUCCUGAAAUGAUGUUGAGUCGACUCGAGGAGGAAAAGGAUGGAGACUCACUACUCGGUGAUCCUGCCCAACGGGUCACUCUGAAAGACAGGUUCAAGCAAUUGCGACAACAAGAAGAGGCUGCUCGCGCAAUCGCCGAAGGUGACAGUAGUAAAUAUGACGGAGCUCUUGGCCUUACUUUGCCGGGUGAUGAAGGCCAACCACAAGAAAGGCCUCCGUCGUCGCCUGUUCCUCAGCCUAUUCCUGGGCUGGCCCCCGGCACAGUAGCGGGAGUCAACGCAGGACCUUCGGCCAUUUCAGAAGAAAAAGUUGAUUGGGACUUGUGGCAAUCUGUUGUAUAUGAGGGACCAGCUGCUGUUGCUCGAACCAGCGCCGAGGAAUUGAACAAAGCUAUUGCAACCGGCAUCCCUAGUGCAAUCCGUGGCGUUGUCUGGCAAGUGUUGGCUGAUAGCAAGAACGAUGACUUGGAAUUAGUAUACAAAGAUCUGGUGGCUCGCGGUACAGACAAGAGCAAAGACCGUCACAGUAAUAGUACGACUGCUAGUUCGCUGAGCAACGGAAACCUCAGCGUUCAUAGCGGGGAUGCCGUCACAUCGUCAGCCUCUUCCAUCAAUUCGGACCACUCAGGAACAAAUGGCACGCCAUCUCCCAACGAGAAGAGCGUGGAGGCUGUUUUGAAAGCUCAAGCUGCCGCAGCGGCUGAGCGGAAGCGGAAGGACAAGGAGGACGCGGCGACACUACAGAGACUGGAAAAGACAAUACGCCGGGAUCUUGGUGCUCGAACCAGCUAUUCUAAGUAUGCGGCUGCCGCUGGGCUUCAAGAGGGCCUGUUUGGUGUCUGCAAGGCAUAUGCCCUUUUUGACGAAGGUGUUGGCUACGCCCAGGGUAUGAAUUUUCUCAUUAUGCCACUACUAUUUAACAUGCCUGAGCAGGAAGCUUUCUGUCUUCUUGUUCGACUGAUGAAUCACUACAAGCUGCGAGAUUUGUUUAUCCAAGAUAUGCCGGGAUUGCACAUGCAUCUUUAUCAGUUCGAGCGGCUUUUGGAAGACUUCGAGCCAGCAUUGUAUUGCCACCUUCACCGGCGAGGAAUAUCUCCUCACCUCUAUGCCACGCAAUGGUUCUUGACGCUUUUUGCCUACCGGUUCCCUCUUCAACUAGUACUCCGCAUCUACGACCUUAUUUUCUCCGAGGGCUUGUCAGCAAUUCUACGCUUCGGAAUUGUUCUAAUGCAGAAGAAUGCCAGAAUUCUCCUGGGAUUAUCUGACAUGCAGCAACUCACCACAUACCUUAAGGACAAACUGUUCGACGUCUACAUCGAUAAAGAUCCUAGCCAUGGCAGUCUUCUUGAGAAUGGUUUCUUUGGAAGCUCGAGCUCUAGCAUCGAUAAGGAGGUCUAUCGUGCAGACCAGCUCGUAAAAGAUGCCUGCGAAGUUAAAAUCACACCGGAAAUGCUCAAAUCUUAUACCACAGAAUGGGAAGAGAAAACCAAGGCCGAGAAGGAUCGCGAGAACGAACUCUUGGAGCUCCGCACAAUGAACCAUAAUCUCUCCAUUCAAGUCCGGAAACUGGAGGAGAGGGUUGAAGUAUGCGAUCGUGAGCAAGCAGAUCUGGCCACAGAGCUUGUUCACACAAAGGUUGAAAAUCAGGAACUCAAAGAUGAGAAUGACAGCAUGAGGGGUCAAGUUCGGGAGUUAAAGAUCGUCAUCGAGAAGCAACCCAUGGAAAUAGAGGAGACAUGGAAACUUGAGCGGGACGAUCUGAUGAAACGCAAUAUGCAUGUCCAUGAGGAGAAUCAAAGACUCGAAAAAGAGUUGUCCGAGUUGGAAGAAGAGUUGGUCCAGACAAAGCUGCGCUAUGCAGAGAUCAACUCUCAGCACGAGACCUUGAAUCGUAAGUGGACUGACCUGAAGCGUCAGUUUGCAUGAGAAACUCAGAAGAAGUCACAAAAACCUGUUCUGGUUAUAUGUUCCUGGACCAUACUUCAUGUAUAAAGUAUUCUUGUUUACCCGAUUCCACUUUUAGCUUACUGCAGUUGGCCCUGUUGGCUUAGUAGCUUGCUAAAAAUGCCGGAUUAGGCAUUUGUAAUGACAGUUAUAAACAGGGGAUAGAGACAAUGAGGCGUCGAUUCCCGUUUUUUUACUACUAUUUGCGAUGAGAGCUGUUGUACAGCGUCGAGAGUGGUGCAGUAUGCUAAAGUAUACCCAGCCUUCUGCAAGGGCAUAGGAGUUGACUUAUCCCGCCUGUAACGCAUACCCCAUAUAGAAUGAAUGGAACGGUUUCGGCAUUAGCCAGAACAUCAAGUCACGCUGUGCAAGUACAGAAACCUUGAUCAUGAAGUAAAUUCAGCGCAAG